AUUGUUCUUCCCCCCUUCGCCACACUUCCGGUCUGGUUUGCAAAGAGCUUUUUUUUUGCAGCGGUAGAGUGUUUAGAUCUCUGUCCUUACAGUUGGCUUGCGAAGCGUUGCAAGAGUUUGCACCACCACAAGUUCGAGGACCAGCAACCCUGGACUCCCCUCUGGACGGUCCGGCCCUGAUGGACACCUCGGAGCCCAGCAGUGCAACGGAGGAGGAGGAGGAGAAAGGGGCGGUGGAGCAGCGCCCCCGGACGCGCUCCAACCCCGAGGGGGCCGAGGACCGCACCCUGAGCGCGCAGGCCAGUGUGGGGAGCCGCAGCGAAGGGGAGGGGGAGGCUGCCAGCACCGGCGACAGCCCCCCAAGUGCCCCGCCCCCCGCCGGCAAUGGCAAAGGCUGGCCCUCCCCGGUGCCUCCUGCCGAGUUCCAGGUCAGAACGCCCCGGGUGAACUGUCCGGAGAAGGUGAUCAUCUGCCUGGACCUCUCUGAGGAAAUGUCUCACCCGAAACUGGAGUCAUUCAGUGGGUCCAAAACCAACGCUCUGAACGUCUCCCAAAAGAUGAUUGAGAUGUUUGUCCGGACGAAGCACAAAAUCGACAAGAGCCAUGAGUUUGCGCUGGUGGUGGUCAACAAUGAUGUCACCUGGCUCUCCGGCUUCACCUCCGACCCCAGAGAAGUGUGCAGCUGUUUGUACGACUUGGAAACAGUGGUGUGCAAGUCUUUCAAUUUGGAAGGCCUCUUCAGCCUCAUAGAGCAGAAGAUGGAACUGCCCGUCACGGAGAACGUCCAAACCAUUCCUCCCCCUUACGUGGUCAGGACCAUCUUGGUGUACGGCCGCCCGGCUUGCCAGCCGCCAGCGACCGUGACAGACCAGAUGAAGAAAAUGCUCCAGUGUCCUUACUUCUACUUUGACGUCCUUUAUAUCCACAACGGCAUUGAGGACAAAGAGGAGGAAACAAGCUGGAAGGAAACCUUUGCCUUCUUCAGCAACCUGGACAGCAAAGGGACAAACUAUAAAUACGAGGUGUCCCUGACAGGCCCGGCCGUGGAGCUGCACAAUUGCAUGGCCAAAUUGCUUGCCCACCCCCUCCAGAGACCCUUCCAGACUCACACGUCGUACAGCAUGCUGGAGGAGGAGGAAGUGGCAGUGGAAAUCGAGGCCAUCGUGUGACCCAGAUGGGGUGUGGAGAAGCCUGUAAAGCCCGCAGGCGUAUCGCAGUCCUCUGGCUGCCAGGGGGCUCUUUGUGUUGUUGGAGUUUAAACCUCUGGUGUGGGUGUUUCUUCUUUCGAGCAAUACGUUGUUGCUUUGGGAUGCCCCCAAGAAGCUGAAGUGGUUACCGGCUGUCGGAGAGCUGUGGGGGGAAGUUGUGGGGUGCAGGCUUCCGCCCUCUUUUUUUGGUGGCCCAUAGCAAAAGGGGGGCAGGAAGGGUGAGUGGAUGCCGAGUGCAAGCUGAUUAAAAAGCCCAUUUAUGUGAUCAAA